UUGUUUUAUAUUAUUACUAGAAUUGGAUUGGAAGAAAAGCUUCCCCGCAGCUCAAGUCCCUUUUUGACGUCUGGCGCCUUUGACCUUUUUUCCAAUUAUCCACAAUAUUUCGCAACGGUCUACUAAAAUAAGUAAUGUGAGGGUUGUACGUACCUCGUAGCAGGUAAGUACUUGGUAUAAGUCUUACUGUAAGACAAAAUCGCACCAGACGGGUUCAAGCAUCGUAGCACGUUAUGGACCUUUUCCUAAGUAGAGUACAUUAAUAAGUGCACUCACUGCACCAAGUGCACCAAGGUCAAUCAAUCACUUCAGAAUCAAUUCUCUAUGCACGCAGGGGCUCCAGGGUUUAUUUAUUAGCUUAUCAACCGCUUCUUUUAUGGGGAUUCAAAUAGUGUACCGUACUAUCGUCGUCUAACUGUACUCAGGUAUGACCACCCGGAAGGCGAGGAAGAAGGGAGGAGGAAGGGUCGAUCGACGACUCUGUUGAGGAAGACUUUCCAGAUGCUGACGUGCGACAACAGCAUUCCUGCAUCUUCAUUCCUCUCAUCGCGCGAAAACCCAGUCACAGUCCAGUUCAACCCACAAACUUUGCUUCCAUACCUAAUCCAUCUUAUUGUCAACAAAAGGAACCCUUCUUAUGCGACUCUCUCGACCAUCGGCCGCGCUUCCCUGUCCUGUCUGUACAUUAACCCACCAAAAAUUACCCUGACUUCCGGCACGCAUAAAUAAAUUCUAGGGUCACAACAGGGGUAGAAUCCUAAAAUAUAUUAUUGUUCGCAGCUGCAUCCGACCAACUGAGUUGUUUGUUGCCCUUUGAAUGCUUUGAAUCCAACAAGAAUAAGGCUACCACCACGGAUACAUUCUUUCCUUGUGCUCGAGUCAAAUCAGCCUGGAAUUUGAGGGGAAGAUUGUGAAAUUUGAUCAUUUCAUCAUACAAUUUAGAGAAGGUUUCACUGGUAAGAUACUACCUUGUACACUCACAUAAUCUCCAUCCAGAGAUCUAUGACACCAUGUCACUCAAUACUGAUUCACUUUUCACAUAGAGUAACCUUUCUUUCUCUUUUAGCAAGAUCAAUCUGCCGCGCUCGUUUGCCUUCUUUCUCAAAGUCUACGAUUACACACAAGUGCUUCUCAAACAUCCUAACAAAUCAACCCCCUUGCCACAUCUUCGCAACUCUCUCCUCCUACCUCGGGAACAAAGUCAUCUCACAAAAAGGCGCAGCUGAGUACCCAGAAAGCACGGGUAUAUUCCAUACAACCAUCUGAGCUCGUCCGGCAGAUUUCGAGUGGAGUAGUGUCAAGUGCGGGUCGAAGGUCGAGCAGUACGGGAUUUGACCAUGUCAACCCAAGUUGCAACCCCCUCUGGUCCAGAAGGCUUCAGAAUCGCUUCCCCUAAAGGAUCGCCUGCUGGAUAUUUUGACGGAGAAGAUUCGAAAGAAAACAAUACUGGGCGAAAGUCAGUACCACCGUCAUCUCCUGCUGGAAGAAGACAAGGGUCGCCAAUGACUCCCACUAAAAUAAAUAUCCAACGACAGUCCCGUCAGUCGCAGAUCGAAAACGAAAAUCCAGCUCUCCGAGAAUCACAAAAAACACAUGAAAAUGAGAGUUCUCAACAACCAAAAACCUUUAUACCGAUCACUUCUGAAAUACCAUACCGGACACCACCGCCACCACCAACAACUAAUAUCGAGCUUCCACAACAAUCGGAAUUGAGAAAAUCUGGGGAGUCGUCUUCGGCAUCAAGAACUUCGUCGGAGAAUUCAACAGCCUACCCGAACCGCUUUGGAAAUGGAAUUCCUGAACGGAUCGACGAAAAUGAGGUUGAUGCAAAUGAACAAUCAGUCCCUCACCUACAGUAUUACCAUGAGAAUCUAAGAACUCCAAAUUAUCGAGCUUCUAUGCCCGUCGGCCCUAGUUCGAACGAUUUUACGGAAGCAGGCGCCUCGACGACUCGCCACUUGACUCCCAAUUCAUAUGCCAGACAUUCUUCUAAUAAUUCAAGUCAAAGACCAUUAUCUGCGUACUCUGACCUUGGUGAUAGAGGGCAUUCACCAGUCAAUGGUCCCGGCUCACCAGUUUGGAAUGGACGUGCGGGAUCCGCUAACUCCGGGAGGUCUCAUGACAGGCCAAUGUCGUAUGCGGAUCUUUCUAAUAUGCCCUACACGAGGCAACAUGCACCAGGCCCGAUCUCACUUGACAAUUCACAGUUGAGGACAGUAGUAGGAUCCAAUGCGUCGUUACUCAGCGCACAAAAGACACUGGAGAUGUAUCGGCAAAACGCAAAGAAAUCGAGCAGUUCGGAGAUACAAUAUUCCUUUGCCAUAUUUCUAAUACAAGCGGCUCAAGAGGCCGGUCUGAAUGUAGAAGAAGAUACGCCGCGAAAAGCUAGCCCGAAGCCUGGCCGUAAUAGCCCUUAUAUUGAAGGCGAACCGGCCACUCCACAAAACCUGCUACGCGAAGCUAAGAGCAUUCUACAAAAACUAGCCGACCGAGGGUAUCCAUUUGCACAAUAUUAUUUAGCUGAUGGUUAUUCUUCUGGGCUUUUUAAUAGAGGAAAACCAGAUCACAAUACAGCUUUUUCUCUUUUCGUUUCGGCAAGCAAGCACGGCCAUGCUGAGUCUGGCUACCGUGCCGCGCUGUGUUAUGAAUUCGGGUGGGGUUGUAGAGCUGACGCUGCCAAAGCAGUCCAAUUUUAUCGAGCAGCGGCAGCUAAAAAUCAUCCUGGUGCAAUGACUCGUCUUGGUCGAGCCUGUCUCUCUGGCGACCUCGGCUUUGACAGAUACAAGGAGGGGCUUAAAUGGCUGAAACGGGCCACUGAAUCAGCAGAUGCUCAGUACAAUUCAGCACCAUAUCAUCUUGGAGUAUUAUACGAGAAUGGCUAUGGGGAAGAUCUUUUCAAAGAUGAAGCAUAUGCAGCUGAGCUGUUUACUCAAGCAGCAGAAUUGGGAAACGCGGACGCUUCUUUCAAAUUGGGUGAGGCAUAUGAACAUGGAAAACUUUCAUGUCCACGCGAUCCAGCUUUAAGUGUGCAUUUCUACAAUGGAUCUGCGGAGGCUGGUAAUCCCGAGGCUAUGAUGGCACUGUGUGCAUGGUAUCUCAUCGGUGCGGAGCCGGUACUCGAAAAAGACGAGAAUGAGGCAUACGAGUGGGCGCGACGAGCUGCUGAGACGAGUAAGUCUUCUACAUUAUUUAUUCAUCAACCUCAAACUUACCAUUUUAUAGAUCUUACCAAGGCAGUGUAUGCUGUGGGAUAUUUCACCGAGAUGGGUAUUGGUUGCCGACGCGAUCCGUUGGAAGCUAAUGUUUGGUAUGUGAAAGCAGCUGAAUGUGGCGAUGAGCGCGCGAAACACCGACUUGCCAAAAUUAGAAUUGCGGCAUCAGGAGGCACGCCAAUGGAAGUCGCGCCACCCAGAAAUGGAGCCAAAAUUAAAAAGAGUGCUUCGGCAGUUGACAAGCCAGGGAAAGAUGACAAAGAAUGUGUGAUAAUGUGAAGCCGGUAAAAGGAAUUUCAUUCUUUUGGGAGAGAGAGAAGCAAAGAACUCUGCGGAGUGCAAUUAGGUUCAAUCACUAAUAAUUGUAGAACGUUGAGAAGUAAGACUGUUAGUCUGAAAUUUAAUGUGAGGAAUAUGGCCCAGACUGUAUUGAUAGGAAGAACCUAAACCUAUUGGCUGUGGAUGUAGCUGUAGGGAAAUAGAAGGGGCUGGAUGUAGUAGGCAUCUCGCAAGAUAAGACUUGAAUGGAUCGCCCGAAAUGCUUUGAUUUUUCGCGUUUGAUACGUUGCAUGCGAGGCGGGCGUUUUAUUAUUUUACAUAAUGAGUGGCGUUUUUGGUUUCUUCUUUUCUAUCAUGGUUAAAGGAGAUGUGUGUAUGUUUUCUUCUAUAGCACUGAUAGUUUUUAUAUUUGAUCGAAAGGAGGGUGCAUAGGUUUCAGAGGGAGCAAAGUAAACUUUAUUCAAAUAGUGAAGGGGAAGAGGAAGAGGGAGGAAGCAAGGAAGAAGAGAAGAACCAGGCUAAGAAGCACAUAUUUGAAUAAGGGGAAAUGAUAAGGGUAGGAGGGAAUAGUGUACUAUCGGUUUAAUAGUAUGCUCGAUUGAGCGAAUGGGAUUGG